GAAUGGUAGUCCGGCGUGAUUAGAGCAGUUUUCACUUAAAAGCAUUUCUGUUGGCUUCCGGGUGGUGUUAAAAGUGAACUAGAACAGUUGCUACGAGUUGCCGUCAAACGAAGACCCAAAAAUGAGCAGCAGAAAGAAGUCCACCAGCACGGAAGAAUCAAGUUCUGGCUCAACUUCCGAUUCUUCCUCAUCCAGCGGCAGUUCAAGCGGGUCCGGCUCAGGAAGUAGCAGCUCUGAUAGUGAGUCAUCAAGCUCUGUUGAUGAGAAAACUACUCGCGGAAGUCCUCGUCCAAAUGAUACAUCAACCACAUCCAAUAGUGGCACAAAGGCUGGUUCCGCUCCAGAUAAAGUUUUACGUCGCCGAAGUUCAGAUAUUCGGCAAAAUAAAUCAGACGAGAAAGCCCAUACAAAUCAAAAGGCGAAAUCUAACGUUGCGAAUCGUGGUCAGCGCUUAUCUAAAAGUAGCGUGUAUUCAAGCGAUGAUGAACCAUCACCGGCUAAGAAACCAGCUCCUCGACCUAAUCUUUCGACAGAUCGACGUAAGAUCACAGAAACACGACGAUCUACGCAUGGUGCCCCUGCUCCGCCUCCACCAAUUACUGGAGGGAAGGCACCACCAGCUAUUGUUAAGCAGCAGCAGCAACAAAAUUUAGCCAAAAAUGCUGCAGCUCGUCGAGCAUCCAAUAAUCGGCCGCCUUCUCCCAAGUCAAGUAACAAAAGCAUAUUCUCACCCGAGAAUUCGUCUGAUUCGGAUGAAAAGAGACCAGCUAAAGGAGGAAAUAAAAGCGUCGCGGCAAAAACCAAGCCACCCCCGAAAACUCGCCCCGGAAUCGUUCCACAGAAGAAAGCGGCACCUGUUAAAAAGGAUGACUCUAAAAGUAGCGAUUCGUCUGAGUCUACAUCGUCCUCUGAUCAUUCUUCAUCGUCAAGUGGCUCAGAAGAUUCGGAUUCCAGUGAUGGUGAUUCAUCGCCACCUGCAAAAAGACCACCUCCACCUCCUAGAAAGGCGAACCCGAAAACUGGAAAGGUUGAUCCUGGAAAGACAGUGGUCCUUUCUGAUUCUGAAGCCGAGCAGCCGCCGACAGUAACACGGAAAUUUACCCGAUCGGCAAGUACCCGGAAGUCAAAACAUUUAACUGGAAAGGCUUCCGAUAGCGACUCUGAUCCGGAAACAGACAAGCGAUCAAAUUCAAGGAGUCCUGUAAAGAGAGCGCCAAUAACUACAACAAAAUCUAAAGCAAAUGCCAAACGCGAUAAUAAAGUACUAACAACGCCCUUACCAUUGGCUACCCCUCCUGUACCCGAAGAACAAAAAUGUCCUGUUAUGGGAUGCGAUUCGUCUGGUCAUCUGAACGGAAAUCUUGACAAACAUUUUCUCCCCGAAGCAUGUCCAAUUUUUCAUAAUAUAACUUCUGCCGAUGCUAAAGCCCGAGCGGCUGAUCGGAAGUUGCGCGAAGAAGAACGCAAGAAGAUGUUUGCCACUAUCGAUCCGACGAGGAAAAUUCAAACGUCUGAGCAACGUAUAUAUCAGCAGAAGAUCCGUGAGAUUAGAGAAAGUUUUAAGCCGUCCACACCAACACCGCCAGGAGCGAUGGGACCGGGUGGAUCAUCUUUGAAUAAUGACAAAACGAAGAAGGACGACAAGGAAGAGCCAGAGCGCGAACCGAAGGUAGAGGGACUGGUUCCCGAAUAUGAUCUGCAGUUAUUCCGCGAUGCACAAGCGAUUGCCAGCGAGAAAAUGGAGAAGGAAAUUAAGGACUUGCCAGUUGGCAAAGGGACGAAGUACAUUGUCAUGGGUAAAUAUCAGAUGAAGGUCUGGUAUCAAUCUCCGUAUCCCGAUGAUGCGGCACGAUUGCCGAAAAUGUACAUUUGCGAAUUCUGCUUGCGCUAUCAGAAAUCGGAAGUUGGAAUAAAGAGGCAUUCUGCGAAGUGCGUUUGGCGGCAUCCACCUGGAGAUGAAAUUUAUCGGAAGAGCAAAUUACAAGUAUGGCAAGUGGAUGGAAAGCGACACAAGCAAUAUUGUCAGCAUUUGUGUCUAUUGGCGAAGUUCUUUUUGGAUCACAAGACAUUGUACUAUGAUGUUGAGCCGUUUCUGUUUUACGUCAUGACGCUGGUGGACUCAGAAGGAUGUCAUAUCGUUGGAUAUUUUAGUAAGGAAAAAAAUUCCUUUCUCAACUACAAUGUGUCGUGUAUUCUAACGCUGCCACCGUAUCAACGAAAGGGCUAUGGAAGGCUGUUGAUUGAUUUCAGCUACCUUCUGACACGCGUCGAAGGAAAAGUCGGUUCACCAGAAAAACCACUUUCCGACUUGGGAUUAAUUUCAUAUCGAUCGUACUGGAAGGAUGUGCUGCUAGACUAUCUUUGCCGCAGAAGUGGUACUACAUUAAGUAUCAAAGAUAUUUCGCAGGAAAUGGCAAUUUUCUCUUAUGAUAUUGUUAGUACCCUUCAAGCGCUUGGGAUGAUGAAAUAUUGGAAAGGAAAACAUAUUGUUCUGAAAAAGCAGGAUGUCCUAGAAGAGUACGAGGAACGAGUAAAACGACGCGGAAAUUUUCCAAGCAUUGAUCCUACAUGCCUGAGGUGGAAACCUUUUGUACCACCACAAGCGUCUGAUACAGCAUAGUGUUAUGCAGACGGAAAUGGAAAAAAGGAACGUCUCCAGCCACCACAAAUAGUACCCCCAUCCGUUUAACUACUGCAUCUUCUGCACGAGAACCAAUAACCUGUUUCAUAAUAGUAAAUCUAAUGAUGGGAGCCACGAAAACGAAAGCAAUAUCGGUAAGAAGGAGGAAAAGCAUGAAGACUCCCAAUAUACUAGCAUUGUAGCAAGGAUAUAAGCGGAACCAGCACGAGGAGUGUUUCUCGUCCUUUUCUAGCAUCUUAAGGAAACAGAAUCUUCGAGGAACUUUUAAAGUGUGCACGUCAAAUCCAAGAAGCUCGGAAGGAUUUUCUUUCAUUAUUGCAAUACGAAUUGAUUCAUCGCCCACUAUCCUACCCCAAUCCGUCAUCCUUUUUCCCGCAUCCUAUCAUACAACUCUCUCUUUACUCAUCGGCAUUUUCGUUAUCCUCUUAUUUCUCUAUCACACAUCUAUCAGCCUCACAGCUUCUUAAACUUCCUUUCAUACUAACGCGAAUUUUCCCUAACCAUUCAUUCCUACCCUGCUAGCUCCUUUAAGCCAAUUCUUCCUUCCUAGUCGCCCCUGAAACGAAGUCCUGUCACUACCCCCUUUACCUGUCCUAAUAUGGGUGUUUGGGUGUCCUCUUGCAUCAGAAUUGUGCAGCAUCCUGGAAGUGUCAGGUGUGGGCCCCACUCUACUCCCAGCGCAUAGUAAUUCGUUUGAUUUCCCCUCAGUAGUAGAAGCAUCCCUUAUUUCUUAAGAAUGCAACGACAGCGCGCGACGUUGACUUUCUUAUCGAAUUUAAAACAUUGGCGAGACAUUUGGCUUGCUCCUGAGAGCUUCUCCGGUUCCUUGGGUAUAUUCCUUGAUUUGAUGUUUGUAAGAUUAUUGGGGGAUUGAGAUUGGUUCCUUUGCAAGAUGAUUUCAUCCCUUCCAGACGAUUACUAUAUACAUUAGUAUAGAUACAUUUAUGUAAACGUUUUAAAUGUAAUUAAUAUUUUUAUCAUGUAUUGUGCGUAAAUGUUAAGUAGGAAAAUAUUUUACUUUAUUUUAGAUUUAUAAGAAAAUCAAAGAUACAGGAUAUCAUUGAUAUGAGGGAUCUAAUCUGUUUUUAAAAUUUUUUUACGAUUAGUUAAAUUUUACAAACCAGUUUUCUGGUAACACAGGAUCAUUUUGGAAAAAGAAAACAGAAGGCGAAAAGAAUGCCUUCUGUUAAUUUUAUAAUUCUUUUUGGGCUAUAUAUUUAGAAAACCAACGAUUUAGAUUGAGGUUAAUUUUUUAAUUUUCAGCAAAAAGGAUUUAGAUCUGACAAAAAAAAAUUAAAAAAAAAAAAUCUAUUUUAUUGAAAAGGGGUGUAGGUUUCAUUUGUCACUUUAAAAGGCCAUUUAAAUUAGCUCCAUUUUUAGAGCUUCUCCAAUACGCAAAACGAUUGAAGCUUUUUAAUCACACUUGUAUCUAAAUUAUCUUAAUUCCUGGAGGUUUUCCCAAUAUGCUCUGCAAAUUCAGUUUAAAUCUGGCAAUUCAAAUUGUAAAUUAUACAAAAAUUUAGAUGAUUUUUAUUCUAAUUUUCUUUUUAUUUAUAAAUAAGUUAUAAAUUUUAAAUUACGUGUUUUCUAGUAAAUAUAAAGUUUUUUUUAUAUUUUUUAAUAUAUAAGACUAUAAUUUUUAAAUAAUUAUUGUAAAAUUAUAUUUAUAAAAAUAUUUGUGCCGUCAAUUCGAUGUGUACUUGAUAAGCUCAUUCAUCACUGUCCUAAAAUACAUUUUUAAAUUUAAAUAAAAUAUUUU